ACAAAACAAUCAAAUAUGAUGAACGACGAAGGAAAUUUUUUUACAAAAUACUUCGAUUAUAGCCACGUACCUCCUUUCUCUCUCUCCCUCCCCACCCCCAUGUUCCUCCCUCGGCGCUCCCUCGCUCCUACUCCCCUUGAAAAACCCCCAUCCUUCCUUUCCCUAAUGCUAUGCCGAUUCUCCUACCCGUCCGUCCUCCGUCAUCGCAAAGGGGGUAUGGAGAUUGGGGGGGGGGGGGGGGGGGGGGGGGGUAAAAAAGGAGGGAGGAUACGAUAGUCUGCUUUGUUUCUUCGGCCCUAUUACCCCUACAGCCAACCACUUUUUUUUCCUUCCCGUUUUCAUGGGGCGGGGGCUAGGGAGAUAAUGACGUUGUGGGAUGAUGAUGAUGAUGAUGGCGGUGAUGAUGGUAAUGGUAGAUGCGAUAUUCGGAGGACAUAUUUUCCUCUUUUUUUUUGGGUAAGUUUUUAUCAUUUACAAAGGCGAAAGAAAUACGGAGGAGGGGGGGGUGGGGGAUAGGUUUUAGUUUUUGUAAUAACUUCCUUUUUUCCUUUCUCUUUCCUACAUACACCAAUAACAAAAACCCCCUUCGUU